AUGUGUUAUUUGCAGACUGAGGAACAUCAGUAUUUUCACGAGGUCGCCGACGAGGUCAUGACUAAGGAUCCUUCAGUGUUGCGUGAUAUUUCUCGUAUUGUUCGAGAGCGACUUCACCCCGAAGACUUAGGCUACAUGGAACCAGAAGUGAAAACAAAUGUCAGAGGUCGACCAAAGGGGAGAAAAUCAACGAAGAGGGAUCCGAGUCGUCAUGAGUACAAGGACCGUGUACCUGGUCGUCCUAAAUCUUCCAAAGCUCAGAAAAAUCGUACAUCCGCGUCAGCUGGUUUGCAAAAUGCGGAGGUUAUUCCAGGAUUCCUUUUACCAUUCGUUGACGAGCUUGUGGACGUGCGUGGAGACGGCAACUGUGGAUUUCGCGUGGUGGCAGACCACAUAUAUGGUGACGAGGAGAUGUGGGGAAUGACUAGAAUGAACAUUGCAAACGAAAUCUCCGCCCACCCUUAUCGAUACGAGGGUAUUUGCAUUGAUGGGUUGCAAGCGGCCAUUACACGUAUUAGUUGGGAAGGGGGAGAGUGUGGCCCUCGCAACUGGAUGCAGGUAUUUAAUUGA